AUGAAUAUAUCAAAACUAAUAUUUUUACUCAUAUCGCUAGAAAGUGUUUCAUUAUCAUUCUCGAUUGAAAAAGCUAUUCUAUCAUUUAUUGAUGUAUUCAUUUCAAAAGCUACCGAUAAUGUUUUCUGGACCUCUAUUUGUACUAUUGAAGCUAUAUCAUGGAUUUUUUUAAUUUCCCUUUCCAAUAUUCCCACAUUUGUUUCAUAUUGA